AUGGAUGCAUUCCGUGUUGCACUUUCCGAAGGUGCUUCUUGUAGCGUAACUCUACCAAUCUUUCCAACGGACUUCUCCCAAGUUCAUCUUUUUCAGAAAACUAUAUGUACAACGAGUCAAAGGAACGCAUGGUCGUCCUCCUCCCUUCAGCAGUAUAAUUUGAUAGAAAGGUUGGGCAAUCCAUGUUUCUAUGUUUUUCGUACAUCGUUUAUACCACGUAUCAGUGCCUUGUGCAUCUUACUUGGCUGUCACAUUUAUGUACUGAUCCAGAAGUUGCAGAAGCAAAGGGUGUCUCACCAAAUAGUUUGA